AUGAUUUCUUCGGGUGUUCCCAGAUUUGAUCUAAAGCCCCAAGAACUAGGAUCAAGGCCUCGUCUGAUAUCUCAAGAAAGCUAUGACUGCGGAAUGAACUUCAACGACAACUCAGACUUUGAACCCAGCUCGCCUUCUGAGCAGAAAACUGAAGAAUCUUUGCCUUUAAUUUGUCUGCCCAAGCUUGAAAUUUCUCAUGGUGUUUUGGAAGCUAAGGACUCUAUUGUGACAUCACACUGUGUAUAUGAGCACGAAAGAUUAGGAUUUACCCCGCUUUCUCAUACGAUCUGUAGUGAUGGAGGAAAUAGUGUAUCUGAAGACGAUUUUUCAUUUGGGAUGGAUAUGGACUUAGAAACAAAUUAUAAUCCUUUUCAAGAGCCUACUGAGAUAAUCUCAGAAGAUAUCAAAGCUGCAAUAUAUAAAAGAUAUUGCGAUAUGGCUAACAAUGUCAAGUUGUUCAAUUUUCGUGGAGAGAAAAUAUCUCUCUAUGAACAGCUUUCUGAACUCCAAACAAGGAUGAAAGGAUUUAGAGAGACAAGAUUAAAGCUUAGAUAA